ACCGAGUGGUCGUGCGGCCGUGACCCCGCGCUUUCUUGGGCAUGGAAUAUUUUUUUUUUUCUCGGAGGCAUUAAGGAAGGGCUCUGAGAAAGGCUGCUACACAGUGUAGCUCGGACGCUGUGAGUUUCAAGAAUCUGGUGAAAGGGAGAGAGUGGACAAUGAAAAUGGACAUGGAGGAUGCUGACAUGACCCUGUGGACGGAGGCCGAUUUCGAAGAGAAGUGCACAUACAUCGUCAAUGACCACCCAUGGGACCCCAGUGCCGAUGGAGGCACCCUCACUCAGGCAGAGGCUUCCUUGCCAAGGAACUUGACUUUCAAAUACGCAUCAAACUGCAAAGAGGUCACUGGAGUUAUAAGCAAAGAGUACAUCCCAAAAGGAACACGCUUUGGACCCCUGGUAGGAGAGAUCUAUACCAGCGAUACGGUUCCCAAGAAUGCGAACAGAAAAUACUUUUGGCGGAUCUAUUCGAGUGGUGAGCUUCACCACUUCAUUGACGGAUUUAAUGAGGACAAGAGCAACUGGAUGCGUUAUGUAAACCCUGGCUACUCAGUUCAGGAGCAGAACUUGGCAGCCUGUCAGAAUGGAAUGAACAUCUACUUCUACACUAUCAAGCCCAUCCCUGCCAACCAAGAGCUGCUUGUGUGGUAUUGCCGAGACUUUGCAGAGAGGCUGCACUAUCCCUCCUCCAGAGAGCUGACAAUGAUGAACCUCACACAAACCCACGUUAAUCCAAAGCAGCACAGUGCUGAUAAAGAUGAGCUCUAUCAGAAGAGCGUCCCAAAGAAGGAGCACAGUGUGAAGGAAAUCCUGAAAAUGGAAUCCAGUCCUCCAAAAGGAAAAGACUUCUUCCAGACCAACAUUUCACCGGUUACUCCAGAAAAGGACUUGGAUGAUUUGCGUAAGAACUAUAGCCCAGAGAGGUGUUUCUUCCCUCGAGUUGUCUACCCGAUCCGACCUCACAUUCCAGAAGACUAUCUGAAAGCUUCCUUAGCAUAUGGGAUGGACAGACCCAGCUACAUUACUCACUCACCCAUCCAGUCAUCUACUACACCAAGUCCUUCCGGGAGGAGCAGUCCAGACCAAAGUUUAAAAAGUUCAAGCCCUCACAGCAGCCCAGGGGUCACAGUUUCACCUCUGGCACCAACUUCCCAAGAGCACAGAGAGUCAUACCCCUACCUGAACGGGUCCUAUGGCUCAGAAGGAUUGGGUUCUUAUCCUGGAUACGCCCCCCCUAGCCACCUCCCAUCUGCCUUUCUACCAUCCUAUAACCCCCACUAUCCCAAAUUUCUGUUACCUCCAUUCAAUAUGAGCUGUAAUAACCUGAGCGCUUUGAACAAUAUCAACGGCAUCAACAAUUUCAAUCUCUUCCCACGGAUGUAUCCCCUCUAUGGCAACCUGCUCAGUGGAGGUAGCCUUUCCCACCACAUGUUGAACCCCACCACACUCCCCAGCUCAUUGCCCAGCGAAGGAGGCCGUCGAUUGCUGCAGCCCGAUCAUCCAAGGGACUUCCUCAUACCAGCACCUAACAGUGCCUUCUCUAUCACGGGCGCUGCUGCCAGCAUGAAGGACAAGCCAUGCAGCCCCACCAGCGGGUCACCCACAGCUGGUACAGCAGCCAGUUCAGAACACAUAAUGCAACCUAAACCUACCUCAGUGGUGUUGGCUGCCACCGGUGGUGAAGAAGCCAUGAAUCUCAUUAAAAGCAAGAGGAAUGUGACUGGUUACAAAACCCUCCCGUACCCACUGAAGAAGCAGAACGGGAAGAUCAAGUACGAAUGCAACGUUUGCUCCAAGACCUUUGGCCAGCUCUCGAAUCUGAAGGUGCACCUCCGAGUACACAGCGGAGAGAGACCAUUUAAAUGCCAGACUUGCAAUAAAGGCUUCACACAGCUGGCUCACCUCCAGAAGCACUAUCUGGUACACACAGGAGAGAAGCCCCACGAGUGUCAGGUUUGUCACAAGCGGUUCAGCAGCACCAGCAAUCUCAAAACCCACCUGCGGCUCCACUCUGGAGAGAAGCCUUACCAGUGCAAGCUGUGCCCAGCCAAAUUCACCCAGUUUGUGCACCUGAAGCUGCACAAACGUCUCCACACCCGGGAGCGUCCCCACAAAUGCAUCCACUGCCACAAGAGCUACAUUCACCUCUGCAGCCUCCAGGUCCACCUGAAGGGCAACUGCCCUGUCGCCCCCGCCUCCGGCCUCUCGAUGGAGGACCUGAACCGAAUCAACGAGGAGAUCGAGAAGUUCGACAUCAGUGACAAUGCCGACAAGUUGGAAGAGGUGGAGGACAAUAUUGACCUAACGUCCAUCGUGGAGAAGGAUAUACUGACCGUGCUCAGAAGGGAAAUGGAAGGAGCUAAUCUCAAAGUAUCUUUACAGAGGAACCUGGGAAACGGACUUAUCUCCUCAGGAUGCAACCUUUAUGAGUCUUCAGAUAUGUCAAUUAUGAAGUUGCCUCACGGUCACCCACUACCUCUGUUACCUGUAAAGGUCAAGCAAGAAACAGUUGAACCAAUGGACCCUUAAGACUUUUUGGCAAAGUGAUUUUUUUAUUUAUGACUUGGCAAGUCAGGGUGCCUGUAGCAGUUGCUUGUACAUAGUUUCAAUGCUGCAAAGCAAUCUUGGCUUACAGUAGUUUCCCUACGCUCUCCAGCUGAAAGAAGGAACUCCAAAGUUACUGUUUUCUCAGGGCAUAAAAAGAGGCAAAGGACUGCGUGUUGCCUCGCCAGUUACUAAAAGACAAUCAUCUAUCCAUAAUUAUUUUUUCAAUGAUAGUACUUCAUAAUUUAUUAUGCAAUUUAUCAUUCUAAAAGCAAUAAUUAGAAAAAUGUUUACAAUGACUGGAAAAUUCAUUGUAAUUUUUACUUUAAGUGUUUUUAUUUUUUGUUUUAUGGCCAUUCUCCAUAGACUUUUUUUCUGCACAUCUGUUUUAAGAACCUAAGAUUGGGGUUUCAGUAACCAUGUUUUAUGUACCAAUGUCUUUUAAACAAAUGUGUUUUUUUUUUUUUUCUAUUGCCAAAGUUGGACAUUGACAUACAGAAUCCUAGAUCAGUCAGUCUGAAAAAAAUGCUGGGUACUUUUAUGUGCAAAUCACCCCAUUGGGAUUCAAAAAGGAGAAAAAAAAUAAAAAGAAAAGGUAGCAGCAAGCAGAGAAGAAACUGCUGCCCCGGCCUCUCUGAGGGCAGGAGAGGUUCUUCUACCUGCAGCUCUACCCAGAACAGAUGUGACACAGCAAACACCUGCAUGGACAAUACCGUAGGUUUUUAGAGAACAGCUAUAGCCCCACACCUUGUCACGUAACUUUAUGACCAAAGGAACACAUCAGCUUAAAGUGACUCUUCCAAAAUAAAAUAUCACUUACAUGCUUUUGUUUCCAAUAAUGGUUUAAAAGCAAACACACCAAUAUUCCAAUCUUCUUAAUAUUCUGCCUCGAGGGAGAUUUUCGGCAGGAUUCUUUUUUUUUUUUCUCUCUCUCUCUUUUCUUUUUCUUUUUCUUUUUGGUUUGUUUUUGGCCAGAGCCUUCCAGGGAUACAAAAAAUGGUCAGAUUCCCUGAGAAAUAAGGGGUUUGGUUUUACAUGUGUUUUUUCUCUCCCGCUUUGCCUGGGUGUAGAAGUGGGGAACAAAGUCCUUUUCUGGCACAUACAUUUUUUUUUUUUUUUCCUUCCUGUACAACUCAGAUUUUUCUCAGUAUUUGUGUUUGUACAUUUUGUGGUUAAUUUAAUUAAAGAAGAAAAGGGCAUUGCAAAGUUGUUGAACAACAAUUACCUCAGUGCUUGUGUCCAGUGGUGCAGACAAUGCUGUUUUAUCUAAAUGCUUUGCUACUUUAGAGAAGAAACCAAAAUGUGCACAGGGAAAGAUAGAAUGCACGUCCUUUAUCUUUUUGUUUUGCUAAGCCCAAAGAUGAUAUGGUGACAUUUGAGGUGUAGCAAAGAGUACAUGUAUAUUUAUAGAUAUAUUUAUACCACUAUACUAUAUAUGUAUAUGUAUAUAUAUUUAUACCAGUUAAGUUGUGAGCCAAACCAUGUAAUAAAACCUAUUUUUCAUCUAAGUGUGAAAAUCAGAUGUUAUCCAGUUUUGCAUAUUACCAAUGACCUCAAAACCAAAAGGUUGUACAAAGGCAUUUAUCGCUUGCAAGUACACGUGCAGGGCUGUGCUGUCCUUGCAGGGCCCGAACUUGCAAACACCUGAUGUGAAAAACAUCACUCACAUGGGGAGUCUGGGCAAAGUCAGGGGGAGGAACCGUGUCUGCAGGAUUGGGGUCCUCGGUGCCCUGCUCUCCUGGCAGUGUGUACUGGGGGGAAAGAGGCGGGUGGGCAGCGAACA